UAAGUAGUCGAUGCAUGUAUGUCUGUUCGAGCAUUCUGGAGAACAAAUUGAGUCACACGCAAGUCUGAUGGCUGGGAAUAGGAGGACGAACUCAACCGCGGGUGCAUGGCACUGAUGGCAGGCGGGAAAAACGUACCGACAAAGGCUGUGAUGCCUUACGUACUAAACGUCUUCCCUCCCCUUGUGCCUGCCUGUGUGCCUGCCUGCCUGCCUUAAUUCAGAAAAGCCGACCGACUGCAUACACAUGCACGCCCAUCCGAAAACCCAUGCAUGGCUUCCAAUACCUACAUCUAUGCUAAACAGGGAUACCUUCAUACCACGCACCAUUACAAAAACAAAACUGAGCCGCGUCUGCUUGCCACCGGUUGUGUGAUGCAGCACAUAAAAGGUACCUAGGUUGGCAGAGCCCUUAUUUGGCUCUAAUAAUCACCGUCAAGGCGCCACCUUCUUCCGGCGCAUUCUUCACUGGACGAUCAAACAGAGGGGUCUCGUUCUCAGACUCGGUCUCGUCAUCAUCAGCAGCAGCAGGUUCUUUUGCAGCAGACGGUUUUGUGGCAUCCGAUUUAGCUAUCCCCGCAGCUUCAUCAUCAACCGUCUGCCCAGCCAAUUCUCUGAGAUGCUGCUCCUCCUCCUCAGGCCUGGACUCCCCAUUAUUCCCACUACUCACUCGCUUGACCCGAAUCUUCACGAAGUUCUUCUCAUCAUUGGUAACGGUCACCUCAAGGCCCUCAGGGUUUGCUGGCUUGACAUCGAUAUCGAAGCGCCCACUGUAGACGGGCAAGUUCUCGUUCAGGUAGAUGACUGUGGGCUUGUUGAUGGUGGGGUCUGGUAGGUAAACCAUCUUGAAGAAGCCCGUGUCUUGGUUGAAGGAGAAGGAGACGAGUUUGCCGGCUGUAGCCUGGGGGUACGUGCGAGUCAAGGUCCGCAGCUUAUUCAGCUGGAAGUCAUCUGCGGACACACACAGACACACACACACACACAGAAGGAUACAGAAUACCCAGACCAAUUCAAACACGUCCCCGUGCGUCUGUGUGCCUCUGUCUGACCAAUCGAUUCAGCGUCGGUGGAGUACAGGCCCUGAUCAUUGGCUACCUCCGUAAUAGCUGCUGACUCCUUGUAGGUCCAGAACACCCAACUCUGCAGGCACGCAAGAAUAAAGACAAGAACAGCAAUGCAUGGAUGCAUGCCUCAUAUGAAUGAGCUACAUACCUGCAACACCUCAUCGGUCUUCGUUAACAGGGGAAGAAGCGACUUCAAAGCUUCCUCUGUGGGGGGCACGGCGCCAAAUUCUGUUGGCAUGGAACCCACAUUGCGACCCAUUCGCUCAAGGUCUCGCUCCACAGAUUCUACGCCCACCACACCGCACAAACACACACACACAGGCAGGUACUUACUUCUAUUUUUGCGCCCUCCUUCCCGUCAGUCAACCUCUGCCUGCCUGCCUGCAUAUAUAUUGACUUACCGAAGUUCAACUCAACCGUGAGGCUGCACAAGGCCUGAUCGAUGAUAGGUCCAAGCUGGGCUGGUCGUAGACGCGCCUGCGUGAGUUGCCCCGUGGCUGUGUUGAGGGUUUCGGCACAGCUGUACAUGUGUGGAUGGACAAAGAAGGACACAACGACAGCACACACACGCCGUCAUCUCUCCUGCCUCUCUCUGCCCCCCUCAUCCCUCUAUCUGCUCAGCUCACUAGGGGUGGAAGGAGAGGACUGCCCCGGGGUCGUCCCUGGGGAGGUGCAGAGGGUUGCGAGGGAAGCGGGUCGUGAAGAUGUUGAGAGGGAUCUUGCCGAAGAACAACAUGUGGUUGGCGUCUCCGGCCUCAUUGCGAAUGGCUUUCGCGAGCCGUCGAUACAUGGGGACGAGGUUAUCGUUCGUAGCCUUCCCCGGCACCAACAAUAGACCUGCACGCACGCACCCAUACAUAAAGACACAUACGUUCACACAUACACAUUAUAGGUAAUCAGUCCGCUUCCCCAGAAGCAGAAUGAGCACAUCAUGACCCACCGAUAGAUACAUACUUGGUUUGUCGUAGAGGUUGCCAUACCAAGGCUCGUUCAGGAACUCGUAUCCGAGUACAAACGGAUUAUUUUUGAAGACGCCAGCGGCCUUUUUCCACACCUCUACGAAGGCCGUCUGCAGGUCAUGCGCGUCAUCGUAUAGAGCCUGGAAGAGCUUCGAGAUGCGCUCCGAGAAAUACAGCUUCGAGCACACACACACAUCCACACAUACACACGCACAUACGUACGUGCCUCCACAUGGAUGUAUGUACAUGUCUGUCUGUCCGUGGGUAUGUGCGUAUGUAUGUAUGUGUGUGUUGUGUGUCUUACUUGAAAGAAGAAUAUUUCCUCACACACGGACGGCCCGGGCUGAGCGACCGGCAACGGAUGUCUGCAGAAAUGACAUAAGGCGCAUCAGCGUGCGGACGGAUGCAGAGAAAGAAGCACUCUCGUUGACAGUGACAUGCUUACUCUUGGACAUUCUGAGGCUCGAAUUUGCGUUCCUCGACCUCAGCAACCCUGAAGUCGGGCAUACCAUGGCCACUGAACGUCGCACACAUAUGCACACACACACACACACACACACCCCACACACACAACACCCCAUCGCAUUUUCCCCUUUCUUGAUCGUCCGUCAUAGGAUGCAGUCAGUCCGUGACUUCAGUCUUGUUUCCUCACCCACCAGUAGUCCGUCCCGCCGUCCCUGUCGUCACUGACGUCUCCGGCCAACAGGUCCUGGUGUGCGUCAAGAAGUGUGUGGAUGCCUCUCUCCCCCAAGUUGUCCACAAUGUCUUCAAGCACACCCAAGUAGCCGUCGUCAAGUGUGCCACUAGAAGGCUCCACACCUGACGCUCAGACAGACCGGGUCGCAUCAACAGAUCUGUUCCAAACACACACGCGCAUCAACAAACCUAUUUCUCUCACCCGGCCAUGCCAUGUUCAACCGGACGAGAUUAAAACCCCAUCUAUAGUUAUCAAGACGCACGAACACACACACACACACACACACACACACAUUAUGUAGCAACCAGAAUGUCCACUCAUCGUACACCACCUGGUGCGCAUCGCCUGCUCACUUUCUCAGGUUGUCCAUCUCAUCUGUCGUGAGCGAGAAAAUGGGGUCGAAGCCGUCGAGAGUGGGGUGCCACCUAUCGAUGUGACGAAGACUGAAGCCUUUCUCUUUGUCCUUCUCGCAGCUUACGGAGGCUGCUUGACAACCACGUUGACGCCUGUAGGCGGAAGCAAGCAAGAGAGAGAGUUGGCACGCACACUCACGCGAUAUAUCAGGCAGGCACCACACAAAUUCCGUGCAUGGGUGAGUCAGUCACCCCAUUCGCCUUACUUACCGUGGAAGAUGACUGUGCGGCCAUCUUCGUCGAGAAAGGAACGUUCGUCCGGGUCCAGCCGAAUGAAGGUGACAGAGCGCUGCACGCCGAGGAGAAGGAGGAGAAGAAAGAGGCCGAAAACGGAAGGCAUUAAUUGUGGGUGCUGCCAGCACAAUACAAUGCCCUGGUGCGACUGCAACAAGUCAAAAAAGGUAGCUGUGUCUACAAAACCGGUGUGUGGUGUCGAGAGCUGUUGUCUUUGUCUUGAGAGAGGCUACGUGUUACGGAUCAACCCAAUAAGCUAAGCUGUGGUUAUCCACCUGUGGGACGCAUUCACCAUUUCCUCGACACCCCCUC